ACAAAACCCACACCAAACUAAAUCUUGUUUCCUUGACAGAUGCCGCUGGCUCACCCUUUGUAGAGGUGUUCACAUCAUCCUCCCGACAUUGUCCCGACGAACGAACAAGCCGGAGAAUCUACACGUACACCCACGGCUUCCCCUGCACUAUGGAUCUCUCGAUGCGGUUCAACAAUGCCGGAGUUCGCAUGCUGGACGCUGGUCAACAGGUCAUCGCUAUGGACCUUUUUCGCGGAGCGCUCGAGUCCAAGCUUGCGUACGAACGAACGCACCGACCGGAACGACCCGACUACAUUGCUUCCACCAAACGCUGCGUGACACCGGACUGCGUCACUACCGCCGAAGAGCAUCUGGUCAACGAAGACAAGUAUGUACACCACGAACCAGUAGCCUUUUCCUUGGCGACACCGAUGGUAACAGAAGACAACUUCCUUCCUGGAAAGGGCAAUGUACCAAAGACCCCCCCUGCAUUGUUUGAAUCCGAACCAGAGAAUCCGACGUUGAUAAGGCAGAGUGGUGAUUAUCUUUUAGUGGCCAAGCCCUUUGCGCUCCCGCUCAGCGACUGCUCCCGAACGUCCACGCAGAAACGAUCCGCAAUCAUCGUCUUCAAUCUAGGCCUCGUCAAUCAGCUCGCGGAUGCUAGUUCUUCCAAAGCAGCCGCCUUUUACGAAAUAUCCGCAUCCUUGCUCGCCAACGAGCUUUACUUCCCCCAUUCUAAUCUAUUGCGGAUCGCUAUAUUGAACAAUUUUGCCGUAUGGAGCCACGGCUACGGAGACGAACAAUCGAAGAGAGCCAGUUAUGAGCUUCUGAUAAAUGCCUUGGCCGAGAGCUCCAGUUCUCUCGAUCAGACCGUCCGAAAGGCAGUGCAAGUUAAUAUGGAGCGGUUUCGCGAAGGGAAUACUCGGUAAGUUGUAUCAAUAAAUCUGGUGGAAGUUCUCUGUCAGAGCUACCUACAUUUUUGCAGAGCGUGCUUUUUUUGGACUUCCCUGUAGCGCUUCCCUAUUGUACAGAUGACUCUCUCUAGGAAGGGCAAGAGUUGAAUAGGCUGGACUGCGUCGUCUAAUUAUGUACCAAUAUCGUUUAUCCAAUCGUACCAAAUCAUGGAAUAAAGCCGAUUCAAGUAGUUGCAGGUAUUGCGCCAUGGAUCAUUCUGCAAUUUGCUACACUCACUGUCAACUUGGCUUCAUUUAAAAGUAACUGAUGUUUCUCUAUGGGUCAGUUGGACCAUGAUA